AUGUUUAGUUUGCAGCAGCAACUAGCACCGACAGCAGCAGCAACAGCAACAGCAGCAGCAGCAGGAACAGUAGCAACAGCAGAGGAACAGCAGCAGCAACAGCAGCAGCAACAGCAACAGCAACAACAGAAACAGCAGCAACAGCAACAGCAGCAACACCAACAGCAGCAACAGCAACAGCAGCAACAGCAGCAGCAGCAGCAGCAACAGCAGCAACAGCAGCAACAGCAGUAUUUACAGUUUCGGGUAUAUCUGAUAUACUAA